GGAACAUUUUUUAAAAAAUAAACAGAAAAGUAUAACAAGUUCAGCUUUUUUACCUGUCAAGUUUCCCGUCGAAAUGCUGAAGUUACAUAUUGAAACUGACACCGCGAAAAAAGUCCCGUUAUGGUCGCAGCAGUUUUAGCGGGUUCUUUUUUUGUGGCUGUUGUCGGUUCUCUCUCUUUUCCGCUUAUUUCCUGAAAGCUGGCAGGAUGUUUCCGGCUGGUGGAUCAUUUGACGUUGCCAGGGGAGCCUGUUUUGCGAGGAUGCUGACGAAAAACCGUCCCUCUACAUCAGGCCAGACCCAGUCGCACAAACCUCAGUCCGCCUCGACGGGUUCAAGGGAAUGUGUCUUUGACCGAAAAGGGAAAAGAAACUUCAAGUCGGGUUAUCCUUUCAGACCAGAAGUCCCGCCGUCUGUGCUGAUUAACAAAUACAAGUCUGGUGAGACACAUGCCGUGUCUUUGCUCCAUCAGCUCUCCCAGACUUUGAAGUUUCACCUGGAAAUAAAGGAGACUGUAAGCACAGGUAACGUACCAGGACUUUGUUUUGCCUUUUGCGCUGUGAUUGAUGGCGUCGAGUACAAGACUGGCAUGGGCAUAACCAAGAAGGAGGCUAGGCUCCGAGCAGCAGAACUCGCUCUGCAGGACUUGCUUCCCUCCUUGGAAAGUCUCAAAACUAUCCUCCCCAAGGUUCCAGACGUCCCUCCACUUCUGCCAGUAAAAAAUGAGCCUUCAGUCACUGAAGCCCAACCUUGGAGAGCAAUUCCUGAAAGGAAGAAUUCUGUCAACCUCCAGAUUCCGCGUGCCGUCAGUGAUCAGCUCAUCAACCUGAUGAACAGCCACCCAGAAUUCUCUGACUGCACAGCCACCACAGCAGCUUUCGUUCUUCAGACUGCCAACAGAUUUGAGGUGGUUGCCCUCGGCACUGGGGACUUUAACACCAAAGAGAUCACCCUGUCGAAUGGACGGAUUGUACAUGACUCACAUGCAGUUGUCACUGCGAGGAGAUCUCUGAUGAGGUUUCUGUACCGGCACUUGCUGAUGUUUUACAGCAGAAAUGACAAUUUGAUGAAGAAGUCGAUCUUCCAGCAGAACGGCAGCAGCAGCAGCAGCAGCAGCCUCCUCAGCUUGAAGAGCGGAACCACCCUUCACCUUUAUGUGAACCAACCACCGAAGGGUGCCGCUCAGGUCCCCUCCAAACUGCGCCUGAAUCCACUGUCCAUUUCAGCCUGGGAAGUAAACAAUGAGAUCAGCCUACAUCUGUCAGUGGAGGGCAAGGUGUUCUCCGUUUUUUCGUCCGUCCUCGACCACUCUGCCUCCAAGGUGGUCAGCAUGUCCACCACGGACAAGAUCACCCAGUGGCAGGUCCUAGGCUACCAGGGGGCCUUGCUAAGCCACUUCAUCGAGCCCAUCUAUGCCCAAAGCAUCCUUAUAGGUGACUCUGACUGCAGUGAGAUUCGGGGCAUGGAGAUCUCCGUGAGCCAGCGUGUGGAGGGCAUCACAAGUCAGCUGCCCAUGUUCUACUGCAUGAUGAGGCCUCACAUCAGCCUGGUGCCUUCGGUGGCUACCAACAGCCCAGGCAGGUGCCAGCUGACCCAUGGCAUCAACUGGAGUGAAGGGGACAGCUCGCUUGAGGUUGUGGACGGACUGGAGGGAAAAACCAUAGAGCAAUCCCCCUUUAAGAGUGGUUCUGCACUGGCAAGCCGCUUGUGCAAAGCAGCGAUGCUCCACCGCUUCAAGUUGGUGGCCAAAGAAGCCCAGAGGCAGGACCUGCUGGCCACAAGCUCCUACCGAGAGGCCAAGAGGAUGGCAAAGCCGUACCAGGAGGCCAAGAGUGUGCUGCGGGCGUACCUGUUUCAGCAGGGCUUCGGUUCCUGGCUUGACAAGGUUUCUGUCGGUGAUCACUUCAGCAUGUGAAUACAGCCACACUGUUACCAAAAAAGAAAAAGAAAAUACAAUAAACAAUGUUUGUUUAAAACAAAACAAACAAAAAAAGGCGUACACCGACAUUUUGUUAACGAGGAGCACUUCCUGCUGUGGGACCUGACUAUUCUGGUCAUAAGAAAGUUUGGGUUUGUGGAAGACUCAGAAUCAGUCCCUGUUCAUGUGUUAAGAGACGUUUGCGUCCUGAGAUUCCCAGAAGAGGAAUACAAAUAUUAUAAGUUGGUAUAAAUGUGGAAUAUUUGAUGCAAAGCACACGAGCCCACAACGGAUCUUAAUCAGGAUAAUAGUUCUGCUUCUUCAGUUGUUACAUUUCUGCAAAGACGGUGCACGUGUUUCAUUUAUAAUGAACAGAGAAUGGUAUAAUCCAAACGUUUCUGUCCAUCUUUUGAACUCUGUUUGUGGUUGUAAAGGCCCUGAAGUAGCACAGGUGUGUUUUGUUAUAACUGUUUCAUGAUAAAUCUUUUUGCAUGAUCUA